GUUUUGGAUAACUUCAGGAGUCGUAUGUUUUUUUUACAUGGUGUACUUGAACGCCUCAUGGCACUUGAACGCCUCCAUGGCACGCACGCUGCCUCAGGUAUGCGUCCGAGCCUGUGAUUGGACGAGGGACUGUCAGUUCUGCAGCAUGUCUGUCAAAGUCAGCCAAUCACCGUGCGCGUUGUUGGCUGGUGUGCCGGUUCGCCGGUCGUGUUUUCUGCAGCUGGCUGGCUGGUGCGGGGGGGAAAAAAGGGGAAGGAACUGGCGGCCGAGGCAGCAUCGGCGGUGCGGUGCGGUGCGGUGCGGUGCUAUGGACCUCAGGGACAAUGUCGAGACAGGGGAGACGGAAAACCACCCGGAGCUGUUCUACGUGCCGAUCCCUGAUGAAGCGCCGUGCAAGCGGGAGCAGGAGAUGCUGUCAGGGGUCGUGAAAAACGUCCACAGAAAACUGCGCAGGAAAUACAGAGAGGUGGGCGAUUUUGACAAGAUCUGGCGCGAGCACUGCGAGGACGAGCAGACGCUGAGCGAGUACGCCCUCGCCAUGAAGAAUCUCGCUGACAACCACUGGACCAAAAACUGCGAGGGAGAGGGACGCAUCGAAUGGUGCCGCAGUGUCUGUCAAGAAUACUUUUUGGACGGCGGGAUGAAGAGAAUGUUAGAAAAGGACGAGAAAAGUGCCAUGCUAGCCGUGGGUCUGACUGCAGAAUCUGUAAGUGCCCAACCGUACAGCACCAUCCCCAGCUCAAUCGCCCAGCUGGGAAAAAUGCGCCUUCUUGACGUGGGGAGCUGCUUCAACCCUUUCUUGAAGUUUGAUGAGUUCCUUACAGUUGGUAUUGACAUAGUGCCUGCAGUUGAGAGCGUGUACAAGUGUGACUUCCUCAACCUUCAGCUCCAGCAGCCUCUCCAGCUGGCUGGUGACGCAGUAGAGGCCUUCCUCCGCCAGCUCCACAACCCCAUCGACUCCCUGCCAGCCCAGCUUUUCCAUGUGGUGGUCUUCUCCCUGCUCCUGUCCUACUUCCCCUCACCAUACCAGCGCUGGAUCUGCUGUAAGAAGGCCCACGAGCUGCUGGAGCUGCACGGCCUGCUGCUCAUCAUCACGCCCGACUCCUCCCACCAAAACCGCCACGCCCUGAUGAUGCGCAGCUGGCGCGUCGCAGUGGAGUCGCUGGGCUUCAAGCGGUACAAAUACGUCAAGUAUUCCCACAUGCAUCUCAUCGCCUUCCGUAAGGUGUGUCUGGCCACCACCAGCGACCUGGUGUCACGCAACUACCCUGAGAUGCUCUACAUCCCUCAGGACUUCCACUCCAACGAGGAGGAAGAGUGCGCCGACGUGUCCGUGCAGGCGCGCUCCGAGUUUGAGGAUGACCAGCUGGCUUGGGGCUUUACGGAGCUACCCGACACGCCCUACGAUUCAGAUUCUGGGGAGAGCCAGGGCAGCUCGGUGCCCGGCUUCCACGAGCUGGAAGACCCCAUCCUGCUCCAGAGCUAGGCCGAAACCACCAGCUUCCCCCCUCGACAACGAUUCCUCUUCUCUACGUAACUGUCACCUCCCCUUCAACUGCUGCGCUGCCAAAAUUAACCUGCUGCAUUCUUCUCCCACUUCUCCUCCCUCUCCUCGAAAAAUAAUGCAGUUUGCACAGUGUGAAAGAAAGUUUACAGAUUAUUUUCUCAUAUCCACACUCCUCUGAGAGUACACACAAUCGCACACACACACACACACACACAUAUAUAUACACACAUGCCACACACUAAGAUGGAUAUAUUUUGAUAAAUAUCUAGGUUUUUUAAGAGUUGGAAAGCGAAUGACCUUCAGAUAUCUCAGCUCCCUUCUCCUUGAUUCCUAUCCUCCGAUCAGCUCUCAUUAACAAAAGUCAGCUUGUCUGCGUUCUGUACUCAAGUCUCUAUUUUGAAUAAGCUAGUGUGGCAGGCGGCUUAAGUACAAAAGACAAAUAAAGCAACACGAGUAGCGUGACAGGAGUUUCGAUUGCACUGGGAGAGACUGGGAUGGAAUGACUGGACUUGGUACGCUUGCUUCUGUCACAGUCAUGCAGCUAGAUUUUUUCUGAAAAAUUCUUGAUGUGCAUUUAGUUUUCCAAGACGACAAAAAAAAAAGAAAAAGAAAAUAUCAUUGUUUUGAAAUAUAUUCUCAACAGUCAAAACAUUGGUGUUGUCCAGUGUUAAGUGUGGCAGUGCCAUUUUUAAUUUGGCAUCCUCCGAAUGAUUUGUGUAUCUUUUACAAGAAAGUGGUAUUUUAAAGUAGCAUUUUAAACAUUUUCAGACGGUAGGAGUAUUACUAGGUUUACUAAUGUGAAACUGUAACUGUGUUGACUCGUGUAACAAGGUACAAGGUGUUUCAAAGUAGGUAUUACACUUUUUUUUUCCUCCUCGUCGUCCUCAUGAAUAUUACGACUCGAUUAUCUCCUCUUUAGAUUUUUUUUUCUCUCUCUUUGGUUCUCAAGCGAGAGAAAUAGUACAACGCUGCAAGUCAGCGAUCCGUAUCAAAUGGACUUUUACAGCACCGAUUAUACUCCGACACAAUUUAUUUUGUAACUUUGAUGUGAAAUGGAGAUCCAGAUCUGAGCUCGUCACGGUCUUGACGGAAGAGAUUUGCACUAACUUAACUGUUUUAUCAUACAGAACCUCUUGAAAAGGUGAGAAACUGUAAGAUUUUAGCAAUAGCAACAAGCGAGACCAGAUCUGAAGAUACUGUAUCCUAACGGGGGGGUGGGAGGGUGGGGAGGAAAGGGGGAGGAGGUUUUUAGCUAAAGACACUACCGGAUGAAAUGUUGGCGUGUGUUCCUGCCUGUCUGUGAACAGGACAAAUGUGUGGGUGAGUUUGUCAGUGUGAAUGAAGGAACAAAAUUACGUUGAUGUGAUUUUUAUUUUAUUUUUUAUUUUGGUCAGUGGCACUUUAUAUCAUUGAUCCCAAAGGGAGUGUCACAAAAAUGUAAUUAUUUUCCUAUGAUGACAGUUUUACAACCAAUAUGAAGUGGCCCAGAAAAUAAUACCAGUAAAGUCUAAAGGUGCCUUCUUUGUUCACAUUUACUGUAUGUUGCGAGCAGACUUUUCAUGCCCCCUGGAGAAAAUGAAACGCAUUUUUCCUUUGUAACAGAUAAAUGUCGAGCUUCUUUGGCCAAACGGUAAACACACACACAGCAACUCCUCCGGUUCUUCUUUGUCAAUAACGGAUAACAAAACAUUUCCAGUGUUGAUGUAUUACAGCGUGUCGUUGCCAUUCCCAUAUCAAUAACCCGGGUUAAUGCACAUCUCUCUCUGCUGAUAUCUCGUCUGUUUUCACAGGAAACAUUUCAUAGUAUCGCACAUGUUCAGACUCUGAAGUGGUUAAUUGGUGCAUUUGUCUUCCAGUGUUUUCUUUUGGUCCAUUUGCAUGAAAUGGUUCAUCUUCAUUAUCAACAUUUUUCAACAAUGCAGAACAAUGUGUGCUUCUAGUAUGGUUGUAUUUCUCUUUUAUAAAUGAAUGUAAAUGUGA